UGCAAAAGGCAAAUGGCGGUAGAAUAAAAGCUUUGCGGGGACACAUUCGGUUUAUGGAUUCAAAGGCUUUUUAAGUAGCCGAAAUGGCAACAAGCAAAAAAAAGAGAAAAGGAUUGAAAACAGCUCCUUUCGAUACUUACAUUAACAUAUCUUGCACGGGAGAAAAGUUCUUGCUAAAGAAUGUCCACGCCGAAAUGAAGAUUCGCGAACUCAAAUGUUACGCCGAACUUGUCGUUGGAAUUCCUUACAAUUUACAGCGGUUACAGUACCUCGAUGAGGGAGAUAUGCUGGACGAUUCCGAUUUAAGACAUAACGAUGUUGUGGCUGGCGCAACGAUUAAUUUAAAGCUCUGGAGAUCGUGGGAUAACUUAGUAGCUGCUGUCUGUCGAGGCACCAUAGAUCAAGUGCUCAAGGAAGGAGUUGCGCUGGAGAAAGCUUGGGAAUCUUUAGACCCGACGAUUUACAGAAACAAAGUCUCCAUCGCUAAGGACAGAGCUUCGGUAGCUCUUUUUAUCGCUGCACAUCGCGGUCGCAUUAAUUUAAUAAGAAGUUUAAUAGACAACACCGAAGCUGAUGUGAACAUGAAAAGCCCAUUUGGUCGAACGCCACUGCACGCAGCUUCUUCGCAAGGGCAUUCGAACGCAAUAGAUCUGAUGUUAGAAAAGGGCGCAUCCAUGGACGAAAUAGACGUACAAGGCAAAAGUCGAAACUACCACCGCUCAGUUACCCCAAAAUUUCUGUCGCUUUCCGUAAAAUUUCUGUUCCAGUGGCAAACAAGAGCUGCUAAAACAAAGCCCAAGAGAAGGAGCAAGUCGUUGAUGAUGCAUCAACAAUUUGACUCGGCUUAUCCUACAUGGUUAAAAGGAAAAUACGCACAGGUUUACUUUUGUCAAACACUCCCCCCGGGAGAAUUUGCUGGUACGGGAAUCAGUGCCCCAAGGAGGAGGGCAGUGGAGCCCGGAAACCAGUUACAGUACGAGGAAUCUUUUCUUGAACAGUCUUCUGACGAGUUACCUCCCAUUAGUGGAGCGGUAGAAUAUGAUGGUAAGUUCUUUUCGCACCAUGUAAGGGAAUCUGCAUCCUUGAAGAUCCAAGGGAAGUCAGUGAGUUGAAAGUUUUCGCCUGUUCUUGAAAACUUUCAUCGUGCCUCUUCUCCCGACCUGACUGACUGACCCUUGGUCUCCGAGGAUGGGGAAUCUGGAAAAUGUUUGCUAGUCAAAUCUGGUAUCCGAGACAUUUUUACUUGUGGAAUCCAGAGUUCUAGGCUUUAGAAUCCCGAGGAUACAGCUCAAAGAAUCUGGAUCCCACUAAACACUAAACCACUCAAAAUAGGACUCAAGAUCAAACUUGGUCAUUCAAGUUUUAUCCCUCCCCCUCUUAUGGAUCAAGGGCAUAAUUCUAACAGGUUUUGAGUGCUUCUCAAAAAAUAGUGAUUCUCAUUCCCUCUAUAAGAGCUGGAAUUCAAGAUUCUGACAGGGUGUUAUUACAGAACCUAAGUACUAACAAAAUUAAUGGCUUUCAUAUUUGGGUAAGGAGAAAGGGGUGGUUGGGUUGCAGAUAUAAAUUCAACCACUGCACCAAAGUGGGUGAUUAUGUCUAACCACAAGUGAAUGAUGGGUCCAGAUGCUGAUUAGGAAAGACUUUCUCAGGAAUACGGGUCAUAACCAUUCAAUUCAAGUCUCUGAGUGUUCAGUUAGUUUUCGCUUUGGAUAACCAAAUAUUGACUGGACAUGGAUCCCACUUUUCAUUCCAACGAAUGAUUUUUAAGAUUCUGCCUUAUUUCCCCUUAGUUACAAGAUACAGCAUGGGUGGGUCAGUGCGACCAGUGCUUCCACAGAUUAGGCCAUCAAAGGAAAGACUGGCAAGCAGGUACAGUGACCCCUGCAUUAUUUGUUGGCAAAUAAAAAUUAUAAGUAACAGAUUUAGAGUUAAUUUUGAACAACUGAUCUGUAUUUGCCUUUUGUCAAACCACUAACCUGUGAUCAGCCUUUUAUUAUUAUUAUAAUUAUUUUUAUAUGUAUUAUAAUAUUAUUAUUAUUAUUUAUUUAUUUAUUUAUUUUUGAAAAGAGAGGGAAAAAGGAAACCUUCCUUCCCAUGAAGGAAAUUUAGAGAUAUAGGGAGAGUGAUCACAGGCUAUCCAACUACAUGGCUUGCUCUGUCUACCAGAUUCUUGAGAAACGAAAGACACUUUUAUCAGUCUUGGGAAAAGGGUGAACAUUAAAGCUUUUAAGAGUAUAUAUAUAUGACUUUCAUCGGGUACAACUAGAGCACUCAAUGUACCAGUUGAACACUCAACUCGUAGGUUAAAAUUUGCUUAACGAGAAGUAUUUAAGGUUUGCUGGCACCAAUCUCACCAUAAAAACAGGCCUGUCAUUAAGAACCUAGCAUGUGAGAGCAUCCAUUUUUUUUUCGACUUUAGUUUCUAGUUUCAAAGGACAGAGAAGCGAUGACCGGAAAUAAGCCUGCGCUUCGCAGGCCAUUAAGAGCUGGGGGCUGGGGACUUUCCCAGGCUAGCAUGAAUGUGGCCCCUGGUUACUUUCAUUGGACCACAAUGUAAACUACAGUGGAACCCAGUUAAUAUGGUCACCACUGGGCCAAAAAAAAUUGGCCCUAUUAAUGGAUGGCCAUAUUAACGAGGGUGUUUUUACAAGAAAAUGUAUGGCAGUUUUUGCCAGGCAGCCAAAAAAAAAAGUGGCCAUAAGGCCCGUUUCCACUGUACUGGAAUUUCCAGUAAUUCUGUUGUCCAAUAAAAGCUAAUAAAGUCCUUAUUAUCAUUAUUAUUAUUAUUAUUGGAAAAAUAAUUUAAAAAAAUAGAACCAAAAGAAAUCCCUAGCUAUUUGAUUCCCCACCUCCUUGUUGUAUUUACCCAGCAACUUGAAAUCUUAGUUACAACCCUGUAAAAUCAAAAUUUUAAAAAAAUAAGCCCCCAAGGAGAAACAGAAACUCAAACAAGUUUACAGGGUGUCAACAUCAAGACACAGACGUCUCUCUCAGACUCACAAAACAAUGAAGUAUUAAGCAGGCACUGUAUUAAGCAGACACCCUCUAUCAUUAAAGUAGACAGUAGCCAAAGUCCCCAAAUUUAUUUCCCGUAUUUACUUUAAAUGAAACCUUUAUUAAACGGACACCUUUAUUAAGCGGGUGCGGACACCUAAAGGACCUGAAAUGGUCAUUUCUAUUGCUGCCAACCUGUAUUAAAUGGACACUUGUAAUUAAAUUCCACCACCCAACAUGCCAGACACUGGAAAUGCGAAAGUUUGCGUGGAAUUGCCACCCACAAAUUUUUCGAAUUUUUUACGUUAAAAAACGUGAUUUGACAAACUUAUUUGAUUAGUUUCACGGUACAGUCUUGUUUUCUAUUUCCUUUUGUUUGCAUAGAGCUUGUUUCACUCAAUCUGAUUUCUUCAAAUUUGAGUUGCAAUCUACUGUAUGUUUAUGGUACUAUGAUCAAUAUUGGUCCACUUUGAUCAAGAAAUUAAUGCAAACGUAUAUCGUCAUAGUCUCUGGGGGUAUUCUAAACAUUUCCACUGUUCAUUUGAAUGGGUUUGACCCCUCAUAUGAUAUUAUCUAUCGAAACCUGUAUUAGGCAGACACCCUGUAUUAAGUGGACACUACAGCAUUUCUCGAGGGUGUCUACUUAAUACAGGUUUGACUGUAUUCCUACCUUUGUUAAACUGUUAGUGCAUGAAGGGAUGGGGAAUCAUUGAUGUGUAUUUAUCUAUUGUACAAAACGCUUUUAUUUACAAGAAUGAAAAAUUACAUGUCAGCUGAGAACAAAGCUUAAUGAUGCUUAUAUGGGUACCUCAUUUCUCUUUUCCAGUAAAUCUCAUGGGAGUUCAAAGUCUGCAACCUUUGAUGAGUGGUUGGAAGAAAAGAAAUCAAAGAAACAGCAAAAACAACAAAAAGAAAAGGAAGAGAAACUGAGAAAGCAAAUAGAACAGGAAAACAAGAGAUUAGCUAGGAUAGAGGGGCAAAAGAGCUUUGAGGACUGGAAAAACUCCAAAUCAAAACAAAAACUUGACUUGUCCGCCUUGGAAAAGAAAAGAGACGAUAUCAUUCGAGAAGAGCCUGGAAGGCAUUAUAGUUUGAGUUUUGAACGGUGGUUGAGUAGAAAUCACGGUACUUUAGAUCUUUAUUAUUAAAUUGUUCAGCCUGCCAACAUGCUGUAUGUCAAAGACAUUGAAAUUUUGUAAGUA